AUGUGGAAAUGGCCAUCUGAGCCUCAGCCAAUCCAUCAAACAACCACAGAAACCGCUCAGUACCAGCACCAACCGCUCUCUCCGCGUUGCAUCAGAGUUCUACGCCUCCACCCGGCUCCAAGAUUUGAAUCACAGUUACGAUGCAGUCUUGUACCGGUUUCUCUUGACGACAAACCUCAGUACUGGGCUCUCUCGUACACUUGGGGAACAGAUCCUCCUUCUAUCCCCAUCUUCUGCGUAGACGGCCCUGCGAUAGCUUUACUGCGCAUUACUCCUAAUUGUGUCUCUGCUUUGAAACAUCUUCGCGAUGAGCGAGAGGAAAGAACUUUGUGGGUUGAUGGGAUAUGUAUCGAUCAGACAUCUUUGGCAGAGAGGAGUAGCCAGGUUGCCCUAAUGGGUGAGAUCUACAAAGAUGCAGCACGCGUCGUGGUUUGGUUGGGUGAGAGUGAUGAAAAGUCCGAUCAAGCCAUCAAACUUCUCAAACAAAUUGGAGACGUGGGAUCGAUACUUGGUCCUCGCUCUGGCCCCCAACCUGCUGAUCCUGCCACAAGGAAGAUUGCAAUGCAGAAAGUACAUGCCAAUGCUCGAGAGCUAACAAAUGGCAUCGAUGCUGAGAACAACGACUUCAUAAACUCACUGUUUGACCGCCCUUGGUUUCACAGAAUGUGGACAGUACAAGAAGUGACUUUGCCACUUGCGCCUAAAGUUGACGUUUUUUGCGGCCAUUCCAUGAUAAACUGGGUCAUACUCUGGCAAGCAACCGACAUUCUUGGUGCAAUUGGGUAUAAGGACAAGUCCAUGGGACCAGCAAUGAGGUUACUGCGCUACAUCUCUCAAGCGAUGACAGUGCAUCUUGUGCCGGGCGUGAAACAGUUCAUGAAGAACAUCGCCGAUAGAACAUUGGAAAUGGAGUUAUCGUUGCUGUUGACACUUUGUCGGCCGAAACUGGCAACAGACGCAAAAGACAAGGCCUAUGCCCUUUACGGACUGCUCGAAGUUCUCGGCAUCGUGCUCUCCAAACCUGAUUACGAAAAGCCACUGGCAGAGAUCUUCACGGAGGUUACCACAGCUGCCAUUGCACACGACAAGAGUCUGUGGAUACUUUGCUUCGCUGCAUCUGAUAAGAAGCAUCCAGAUAUCCCUUCUUGGGUCCCUGAUUGGUCUGACAGAGGCUGGGAAGAAGACGACUCGAGACAUGCACCAGACAGAAGAAGGUUCUCGGCCUCGGGGAUAUCCGAACCUGGGUGGUCUUUCACUCCUUCUCCGCGCCAGGUUAUCCUUCGUGGCAAGAUAGUGGACACUAUUGUUGAUCGUCAAGAUUCAAUGCCCUGCUUCCCUCGGAUAUCUCUUCCCGAAUUAUUCCUGCAUCGUGAUGACACUGGGAGGUGUAUGGUCUCAGAGAAUCUAGCAACAAUCCACAAGAUCUACAACACUAUGCAAGCAUGGUUAGGGAUGGCCUGCACAUUGGGGACAUACCCAACAGGAGAGCUGGUCGAUGAUGUGCUGAAGGCGACCUUGCUCAACAGUGAUCCAACAAGUCUGGCCUCUCCCAAAUCAGAUCAGUUCAGCAACUGGCUUGCUACCAUGCGAGCAAGUGAAGAGGAACUCACUAUCAAAUCCAUACCAUAUGCCAUGAAAUGGCAAGCAACAUCGCCACCCAGUGUCAACCUACGCGGACUUCUCGGAGCUGUCUUCAGACCGAGUAAGGGGGCCAAAAUGUUCGAGGCGACGGUCAAGAAGACUAGGGAAGAUGUUCCCAUCGAGUUACGCACGUAUCUGGCGAUGGCCUCUGGAGGAAACGGCUUUGGGUUUCACUCCUUAGCAGUGACCUUUUCCGCACAGAGGGCUCUGUUUCAUACUGAAGGUGGGUAUCUAGGAACAGCGCCGGAUGAGUUCUCUGCCAGCCUUCAAGUGGGAGACAAGAUUGCCCUCAUCUCAGGAUUAGGAGUGCCAGUUAUUCUAAGACCGGCCGGAAACAGUUUUCAGCUGGUUUCUCAUUGCUAUGUGCAUGGCCUUAUGGGUGGAGAAUUCUGGGCUAAGAUGAACGAGGAACUGGAUUCUAUACUAAUUAUCUAA